GAUCCUCGCUCAUCAUGCUGCCCUCAGCGUCGCGCAAGAAGAAAUCGUCACUCGCGAGAGUCAAGCCGGCGGCGAAGGCGACCAAGAGCGCGGUCGUUACCGCCGACCGUUCGCCGGUGGCAAAGGUGGCCAAGAGCGUCGCCAGCGCCGCCGUUCGUUCGCCGGUGGCAAAGGUGGCCAAGAGUGUUGCCAGUGCCGCUGACCGCGCGGCGUGCAAAGUGCAAGCGCAUGUCCGCCGGUGCAGCAGCCAGGCGUGGCUUAAAGUGCUCGAUGCGGCCACGACGGGGCCCGGCAAGGGGCUCGCUUUCAUGCGGGCCCAGCUGGAGAAGAUGGGCGCGCAGGGUGGCCAGGUGCUCGGGAGCCUAAUACUCGCGAGCACCAAGGGCGGCGACAGCAAGCUGGCUUCCCUGCGCAAGCGGACCAUCAUCAAGAUCCUAACCGGGUCGGUGACGCUUGUCAACCGCUGCCUGAGGGCACUGCUGCCGCGCUGGCUCACUCCAAGCCGCCGCGGCAUCCAGACCGCGAUGGCGUCGCUCCACAACUCGGGAACGCCGAUGCCGCUCGGCGAGGAGGGCCUGCUCGCCAACUACUCGCUCGAGGUGCUGCGCAUGGACGGCGAGGGGAGGCUGUGGCGGAAGAAGGUUGACGCGGACGGCGACGCGCGCUACGAGGAGGCGUUCGGCGCCGGGUGCGCGCUGCCGUGCGCGCGCGCGCCUCCACCAGCGUUUGGGGAGGAGCCGCCGCCGGUGGGAGCGCGGGGCCUCAUCAAGCGCUUCACGUGCCGCGUGGACACGCGCGUCAUCAAGCCGGAGAAGGGCGUGAGCGCGGCAGAGGCGCGGCGGCGGCACCAGGAGACGCAGGAGGUGGACCUGGUGACGUUGUACGCCGACAAGUACCUCGAGGACACCUACCCGUCGCUCCUCGCAAAGUGCAUGCAGCGCGCCAUCCCGCGGCGGCUGAAGGCAACGCUCGAUUUCGAUUACCCGUCCGACUUUAUGCCGCGCGCCAUGCGCACGCUCGAGCUGCGCAGCUUGCGCGUCGAGGCGAACGCGCUGGCGUGGUGGGACGUGUUUGACGGCGCCAUCGACCUCGCCUUCAAGAAGGACGACCCGCCGCGCAUCGCCUGGGACAUCGAGGUUGCCCUCGGCCACGCGCGGCUGCCGCUCCCCGACUGCAUCGAGGACACUUUCCUCGCGUGGCUCACCGGCACAGUGAUGCGCUCCUUCAACCGCGCCUAUCCGCUGCACAUCGCCAUCGACCCCGCGGGCGCAUCCUCCUCCGAACGCGAGGAGCAGGACGGCGAGGCGGCCGGCGGCGAGGCUUGCUCCGCGCCCGCCCCGGCGGCGGUCGAGCUGCCGCCCAUCAGCGAGGCGGAGCAGCGGGCGUACGACGGCCUCUUCAGCUCCGCCGCCAAGGGCUGCGCGACCGUGAGCCGCGCCGCGGCGGCGCCCGUCUUUGCGUCUGCGUCGGUGGGCGAGGGGGACGUGGACCACAUCUGGGGGCUGUGCGUGUCGGCGCGCGGCUCCGACACGGCGGCCAGCCGGUCCGAGGACGAGCUGAGCUCAGCUGAGUUCGCGGCGGCGCUACACCUCGCCGCCGCCAAAGUGGGCGACCUCCUGCCCGGCGGGCUGCCUCUUAGCAUGCCCGGCAGCCUCGCGCUGUACAUCUCCGAGGCGGAGGAGGCGGCCGAGGCGGCCGAGGCGGCCGAGGCGGCCGAGGCGGCCGAGGCGCUGCGCAAAGACGCCGCUCGGCGGAUGGCGCGCGCCGCGUCGUCGUCGCCGGUAGACUUGACAUCGCGCUGAAGGCCGUCCGUGGACGCGGACGAGACGGGUCCUCACGGGACACGGGGUCGCGGGUCCAACCAAGGGAAUUUUGAGGGAGAAUUAGGGAUGGGGGCAAGAGGGCGUGUAGGUAGGGAUCAAAGCGUUUGUUUGCUUGUUGAGGCUUGAGAGCGUCUGUU